CCCAGGGACAGGCAGCUGCCUGCACGCAGGCUCCACCUGUAUGAAGGGACACGUGUGGGGCUGGGUGCCUGUAAUCAGUCAUGCUCCAGCGAGCCACCUGCCUCCUGCUCCUGCUCUUAUUCUGCUCCUUGGCUGCUGCCCGGCAGAGCCUGCCCGAGUGCUGCCGGCAGAAGACCUGUUCCUGCCGUGUCUAUGACCUCCUGCACGGCAUGGGCAACCACGCUGCCGGCAUCCUCACGCUGGGCAAGAGGAAGAGCAUCCCUUCAGCAUUCCAGAGCCGGCUCUACCACCUGCUGCACAGCUCCGGCAACCACGCCGCGGGCAUCCUCACCAUGGGCAAGCGUGGGGAGGACCCCGGCACCGCCUGGCACCAGGCGUCGGGCUGCCCUGCGGGUGCAGACACACAACCAACACCAACCCUGCAGGGCACCGACACCAGCCCUGCCAGCCCCAGGGAGUGCCCGGGACACUCGGGGAAGGACCUGACCAAGAGCCAGGCCCAGGGAGCCAUGAAGAGCUUCUACUGAGAGUGGUGGGGGCAGUGGGUGCAG